UUUCACCGGGAAAAUGACAUAUCUUAUGAGGAACUUCUUGAUGAACUUCUGCAAGCUAAUUUGUUUGGCGAUAACCUUACCUCUCCAACUAAUGGAGUUUUUGGGCUUAUAUGGCAUGUACAAGCGUUUGUUUCCGCUUCUUGCUUACAAUAUCACUUUUUCAUAUAACGACAAAAUGCACGAAAACAAGAGGAACCUUUUCCGAGACUUGUGUAAAUUCUGCAACACGGACGGUACACUUCGACUUCUGGAGAUUGGCUGCGGUAGUGGGGCCAACUUCAAAUACUACCCAUACGGUUGCACGGUCAUUUGCACAGACCCCAACCCUCACUUUGAGAAGUACCUGCAGAUGAGUAUGACAGCAAGCAACCACCUGACCUAUGAAAGCUUUGUGGUUGCCUCAGGAGAGGACCUGAUGGCAGUGCAAGAUGAGUCAGUGGAUGUUGUUGUCUGCACGCUUGUGCUGUGUUCUGUCAACAACGUGCCACAGGUACUGGAUGAGGCAAGACGCAUACUCCGAAAAGGUGGUGCUCUGUACUUUCUGGAGCAUGUAGAGUCAGACCCCUCCUCUUGGAUAUACUUCUUCCAGCACAUGCUCCAGCCGAUGUGGUACUACCUGGGGGAUGGCUGCGUGGUUACCAGGGCAACGUGGAGAGAUCUGGAGGCUGCUGGGUUCUCAGAGAUCCAGCUCCGACACAUUGAGGCUCCACAGGUCACUUUCAUGAUCAAACCGCACAUCCUUGGAUAUGCCAUCAAGUGAACGUUUCAUUCAACUGUUAAAGUCGAACUGUAUUUUUUUUUAAUCUACAUAUUUUAUACUUUGACCAAUAGAUAACUUUUCUAAAAAGAUUUGGGCAAUAUUAAGCAACUAUGAAUUUAAGUCACUUCCUGCUAUUCACAACUUAUUUGCCAUUCAGUUUAGGAAUGAAUGAAAUUGAUUAUGUUGCAGUAACAACAGAGUAGAUAUAACUGUAUACUACUACUUUACUCAGCCCAUGCAAGCAGUCAGUGCCUGUUUCUUUGCGUGCAGUUGUAUGGACAUGGCCGUCACAACACUGAAGAGUGAAUCAUAAUUCCUUCCACCUUGGUGGCUUGAGGUCCCCAGUGGAGAUUAGCUGUUGAUUGUGUUUUUUUAUUGUGUUUUUAGCAGUCUCCUCUGUUGGAAGGUCUUGUCUUCUAUAGCCAGUAGAAGAUAAUGCUCCAUUCUACUCUUUGUUUAUGUACAGCUCUUCACUCCCAUGUGAGGCCUCUGUCGAUAAUAGCAUUUCCACCAAUACAGCCAUUCACUUGGCAGGUUUCCAUUGACCCAUGUUUAUUCGACAAAAUCAGUGUCGCAAAAAAAAUCAUUGCGACGUGUAAUGGAAACAGCAGAUAGACAAAAAAUGUUAUCUGUUUAUCUGUAACUUUAUUGCGACAAAUGAUGAUGGAAACUCUAUUUUUCUAAUAAAUUAUGAUUGCCGAUUAAUUGGAGCUCCACUCCAUAUUUGAUUCUAAAAGCCUACUGCUUGCAAAAUAAAACAAUUCUACUUUAAAAAUAAGAUUUCUUUGCAGGACAAGGAUUGUCCUGACUUUCAAGAAUGCCUGAAUUGCUUUGCCUUCCUUUUCUGGUUGGCUGGUAAGUUUCACCAUGCAAUUAUUUCAGAUCUACAGGAGUGUAAGUUACGAUGGUGCGGACCGUGGUGAUAUGUUGAAUAUGAAAAAUGUGUCAAUUAUUGCAUUCUAUCCAUGCUGUCUUUCACGGGCUACUUGAGACAUGAAACUUUGCCUUCAGAAAGUAUU